CCGAAGGAUGAUUACACGGGUUCAACUUGGCUCUGUCUCUUGCUACGUUCAACUACACAAAACCUUUCGUCUGCCACUCUCACACACCUUAACCAGAACAUAUUUCUUGCUUCUCACCCUCAACAAUACAGUCCAUAAACCAUGGAAUUGGCCAUUUCAGUCCGUACAAACCAGUUUGGAUUCAUCCCUACCAAAAGCAUGGGUUCUCAUGGCUAUGGCUGUGUUCCUUGGUUCCAGCCGCAGACUCUGCUUCCACCAACUGGUGCCAACAGACUUCGAGCCGCAACCAAGAUGGUUUCAGAUGGCUAUGUGGGUCAAAACACCAGCAAAAGCACCUUAUUCUCUAACGCUAAUAAUGACAGGAUGUACACAAGGCUUGAUUCUUGUUUGGUCAUUCCUCCGCCAAGAAACAGAAAGCCACGUGCCAUCAUCAAGUUCUUGGGUGGUGCCUUCAUUGGAGCUAUUCCUGAAGUUACCUACAGUUACUUGAAGGAGCUUUUGGCAAAGGAAGGUUAUCUUAUAAUUUCUGUGCCGUAUAAUGUGACGUUUGAUCACGAACGAGCGGCUAAGCAAGUUUACGACAAUUUCAAUUCUUGUUUGGACACAAUCCUUGCUUCUGGAUUGCCGCAUCUUAAUUUGACGCCAGAAGAUCUCACAAAUCUUCCCCUUUUCUCGGUCGGUCACAGCAAUGGUGCAUUGCUCCAAGUACUUAUAGGAAGUUAUUUCCCUGAGAAAAUACCGAAGGCUAAUGUCAUAAUUUCAUUCAACAAUAGAUCAGCAACGGAGGCAGUACCAUACUUUGAGCAGUUGGGUCCCCUGGUUAAUCAGACAAUGCCAAUUGUAGAAGCAUCUCCAGUGAACUCGAUUGUGAGAAGUGUCACAGGUGAUGCAUGGAAAUUUCUACUUGAGACAGCUGGAGCAAUUAUUCUAAAUAAUGAUCAGGAAGCUAUCACUUCUCUGAAUAAGUUUGUUGAUCAGCUCCCAUCAGUUUUUGAUCAGGUCAGGCAGGGGGUAUCAGAGUUUAGCCCAAGACCUUCUGAGAAUCGUGAUUGUUUUAAGAAGUCCUACAAUGUUCAACACACACUACUGGUGAAGUUUAGCUUCGACACGAUUGAUGAGACAGAUCUUCUUGAAGAAACGCUGAGGCCUCGUGUGGAGUCCAUUGGUGGAACACUUGAGAAGGUUCAAUUAAGUGGCAAUCAUAUUACACCAUGUGUGCAGGAACUCAAGUGGCAAGUUGGUUAUUUAUAUACCCCAGCAGAUGCUAUUGCUCAGGGACUCAAGACUCUUUCUCUAAAUGAAACUAGAGCCCUUGCCAGAACCAUCAGUAAUUGGUUCAAGCACUUUGAGGAUUGAAGUGCUAGAUUCUUUGAAAUCUUAGAUUUUUGACUUUUUAUUAUAAAUACAGAUCAAGACAUUGGGAUACACACACAUAUUGCUAUACACGUAGAUGUCCUUUAAGUUUUGAUACCAUACCCAUUCCGUAGAACCACUUUCCAUGCCUAAAAUAAGGAUCUUCACCCGGAAUUUAUUUGUAUGUCAGGCAAGGUCUUGUGUGCUAUAAAGCAAUAGAGAACACUGCCUCUGAUUCACGGUUGUGGAUGUUGUCUGCAAAGUGUUUUCUCUACUUUACUGGAAUUUUGGAACGAUUAACUGUCCAUGUUUAUACCAAUUUAACCUCUAGCACAGACCAGUGUGCUGUUUUUAUGAGAUGUUAACUUGUGAUUGGAA